GCUGAACAUGGCGGCCGUCGGCGGUAAUCGUGCAGAGCGCUUUGGAAACUCAAAUUUAUCGAAGUCAGCCCUGGCUUCUCCGGAGAAAGUACGCGAACUCCUAAAUGAAGGGGUGUCGUCGGUGGAUAAUACGGCGAACAGCAGUCAAGGAGAUGGAAAGGUCUCAGAAGAUGGGAGCGGCCAAGCACCAUGUGAAGCAACAAACAAAGAGGCAUUUUUCUCAAGGGUGGAGUCCUACUCAUGUCUGAAAUGGGCAGGCAAACCUCGCUCUCUGUCCCCACUCAUAUGCGCUCGAUACGGAUGGAUCAACGUGGGCUGUGACAUGCUCAAGUGCUCCAGCUGCCAGGCCUUCCUCAGCGCAACCUUACAACCAACUCUAGACUUUGAAAAAUAUGAAUCACGCGUCGCAGAAAUCUCCAAGCAACUUCAGACACGACAUGAAAAGUUUUGUCCUUGGCCAGACUUCCCCUGCCCUGAGCGGAUUUGGGUGGUUCCCGCCUGCGAGCCGUCAGCUCUUCUUGCUUCUUUCCUAGAGCGGUUUCACAGCACUUGUUUCCUCGCACAGCAGCUUCCAGCGUUGAAACCAGAGCAGCUGAAAUCUAUGUCUUUGACUGAAGAUGUUGUCAGUGUUAUAUUGCAACUAAUAGAAGAAGAACAAAAACGAAAAGGGGAGAGCUCCUGUUCCGAACCUUUGGCUAUUCAGGUGGCUGCGUGUAUUGUGGCUCUGUGUGGAUGGGCUGCGAGCCCAUCCCAGUGCACCAUGAACCUGCCCAUCCUCACCUGUGCAUAUUGUAAACGAAAAGUAGGCCUGUGGAAUUUUCAUCAAAUGGAGGAAGCAGCCGGAGACGUAGAGAAUGUCCCAAACUCGGUGAGCACAUCUGGACCAGGGACCACAAGCCCAGCUCCAGUCCCUCAUGAGGGUCAGGGGGAUGGUCCAUUUCCAACCACUACUCCCACGACUCCCACUACCCCCUGUCGCAUGAAACUGAGAAGUCAAGACACCACCCGCUUGGACCAGACUGAAGGUGCAAAUAUUUUUCCUCAAGCUAUGCGCACCAAAAGUAGAGAUUCCACCAGCCCCACUGAGGACUUGCCGAGUCCAAGAGGAAAGAGACCAGCAACUCGUAAUAAAGGACAAGGAGAUAUACAGCCCACUGCCAAACGCCUGUGCCUGUCACCAGCUGGACCUGAUGACCUGCUGAAAAAGACUGUAUUUGAUCCCCUGGCCCAGCACAGAGACUGGUGUCCUUGGGUGGCAGUGGGUAAAGAGAAUGUAGACCCCAGUUCAAUCCCCAUAUUGGACAGUGGCUCCUCGUAUCAACAGGGUUGGAAAGCUGCUCUGGACCUGCUUAUCCCUCUGAAGAAGAACGACAACGCAACAGGAAGUAGUCCUGCACAGGCUCGUGACAAGUCUAAAAGAGUGUUUGCUAUAUUUCGACAAUGGCAGGUAACCUCUCAGUCUUAGUAGACUGUUUCAACAGUGAAAUCUGACCCGGCUUGCCCUAUUUUGUGGUACACCGUCUGCAGCCAUUUCCAUUUUGUUGAGAUAAAGAAAAUUUAUCCCUACCAUUUUAAAUUCCGUCAGUGUUUGUCGCUAAGUUUUCUUUUAUGGGAAGCCCAGAAUGUGAAAGACUGUUUAUAUGGACAGUGGUGACAAUAUAUAAUAGCAUGCAGUUGCAGUGUCACUGUGCAAAAGAACUCCACACUAUGAUAUGGUUUACAUAUGGUAAGUGUUUGACUUUGCAUUUUAGUUAUUAGUAUACUGAUAAAAAGUGGUAGUGGUACGGUACCUCAGAUGUACUUGAAUUUAUGUAUCUUGUACUACCAAAAACUGUGAGAAUGUUUGAAUAUAGAAAAGCAAGUUGGGUUAGUUCUAUUUGACAAACUUUUUAGUAGUAGAGAUUGUUACCGACCGACCCAGAGAACCAUGUGCCAUAUACAUUUCCAAUAUGUUUCACACUGGAAUUGGGAUGCCUUUUUUCUUGUCUUCCUGUGAUAUCAUUUUAAAUGCUGUCAUUUAUACCCACUUUUGUUCUUUUAUCCAUUUGGGGUGUCCUGAAUUAAAAA